AAAGUUAACCCAUAUUAAAGAGAAUAAAAACCAUCGAACAUAUAAAGAACACCAACCAUCCUAACUCAUCAAAGUGAUAAGACUCUAUCUCUCUCAUGCUUUUGUUCUCACUCUUCUUUGUUCUCUAUUAUAGUUUCAAAUAGAAAAAUCGAAUAAAACCUACUAAUUCGAUCGAUGUUAGUUUCUGUCCUUAUUUCCACCAACCAACGAAGAUAGGACCCAAACAAAACCCACAAGGCUAGAAACCAUGCGAAAUCUCCAAUCCCUUCGUCUCCAGUUGUUUUCUCGUACACUAUUUACGGUCGGUUUAGUCACUCUUCUAAUGAUCGAUGCGUUUGCAUUACAAAACAACAACGAAGCCGACACAACAAAAGAGACUACUACCAUUAUGUCGAUGAAAAACUCCAUUACACACGGUAAGGAGCAUGAAGAUGGAACAAGACAUGGUGAUCUUAGCUACGCUGGCAGCAAAAGAAAAGUGCCUCGUGGAUCCGAUCCUAUACAUAACAGGAGAGCAGGAAAAUCAAGACGGCCACCGGGAAGAGCAUAAGUACAGUGAAAGCUUGGGGAAGAGAGAGAAGUAUUUGUUGGCAUAUAGGUCUUGUAAAAUGUUGCUAGAUUCUCUUUUCCUGUUCAUUUGGGAUCGAAUCUUUUAAAUAUGCUCAAAAUAUUUGUGACCCUACACUUCUGUUUCUUUGAAUGUUUUCUUUUUGUACCUAGCGAAGAAAUAUUAUUGAGUUAGCAAGAGGAAGCCCUAUAUAAGUAUAAACAUUUUAUACAAUUGCACUUCUUA